UACAAACAAACGAAAAUACAAAACAUUUCAUUUCUCUUACUUUCUGUUUAUUGGGAAACAGCCGGCGGGAAGGCGUCGAGAUCGGUAUAACUAGUUAAUUGAAGCUGCCAGACUUUGAAAUAAUAUGUCUACGGUGGAAGAACCGUUGUAUCCAAUAGCUCUCCUGAUAGAUGAGCUAAAAAAUGAUGACAUCCAGCUUCGUUUAAACUCAAUCCGUAGGCUUUCAACCAUUGCUCGUGCUCUUGGGGAAGAGCGAACCAGGAAGGAAUUAAUUCCAUUUCUGAGUGAAAACAAUGACGAUGAUGAUGAGGUGCUUCUUGCAAUGGCUGAGGAGCUGGGAGUGUUUAUUCCCUAUGUUGGGGGUGUUGAACAUGCCCGUGUUUUGCUCGCCCCUUUGGAAACCCUUUGCACUGUUGAGGAAACCUGUGUAAGGGACAAAGCUGUCAAGUCAUUAUGCAGAAUUGGAUCUCAGAUGAAGGAGAAUGACUUGGUUGACUGGUUUGUUCCUCUAGUUAAGAGGCUGGCUGCUGGUGAGUGGUUUACAGCUCGAGUUUCAGCCUGUGGGCUGUUUCAUAUUGCUUAUCCAAGUGCCCCUGAGAUGUUGAAAACAGAAUUACGGUCAAUAUACAGCCAAUUGUGUCAAGAUGACAUGCCAAUGGUAAGAAGGUCUGCCGCAUCAAAUCUGGGGAAAUUUGCUGCAACAGUUGAAAAUGCUCAUUUGAAGGCUGAGAUCAUGCAGAUAUUUAAUAAUCUUACACAAGAUGAUCAAGAUUCAGUUCGGUUAUUGGCUGUUGAGGGAUUUGCCGCUCUUGGAAAGUUGUUAGAACCCCAGGAUUGUGUUGCUCACAUUAUCCCUGUAAUUGUCAAUUUCUCCCAGGAUAAAUCUUGGCGUGUGCGUUAUAUGGUUGCAAAUCAGUUAUAUGAACUUUGUGAAGCUGUAGGACCACAGCCUACUAGGACGGACUUGGUGCCUGCAUAUGUGCGCUUGCUUCGCGAUAAUGAAGCUGAAGUUCGCAUUGCAGCUGCAGGAAAAGUAACUAAAUUUUCUCAAAUUUUGAGUCCAGAACUUGCAAACCAUCACAUUCUUCCUUGUGUUAAGGAGCUGUCAUCGGAUUCUUCGCAACAUGUCCGCUCCGCUUUAGCUUCAGUUAUUAUGGGAAUGGCUCCUGUCCUUGGAAAGGAUGCAACUAUCGAGCAGCUUCUUCCAAUAUCUCUCUCUCUUUUGAAGGAUGAAUUCCCUGAUGUGCGUCUUAACAUAAUCAGCAAGCUUGAUCAAGUGAAUCAGGUUGUUGGAAUUGAUCUUUUGUCCCAAUCCUUAUUACCAGCCAUUGUUGAGCUUGCUGAGGAUAGACAUUGGAGGGUUCGGCUUGCUAUAAUUGAGUAUAUACCAUUAUUGGCUAGUCAGUUAGGUGUUGGAUUUUUUGAUGAUAAACUUGGCACCCUUUGCAUGCAAUGGUUGCAGGAUAAGGUUUACUCUAUUCGAGAUGCAGCCGCUAAUAAUUUGAUACGUCUUGCUGAAGAAUUUGGCCGAGAUUGGGCAAUGGAGCACAUUAUUCCGCAGGUACUAGAGAUGGCAAACUCUCCACACUAUCUGUACCGGAUGACCAUUCUUCGUUCCAUUUCUAUACUUGCUCCUGUUAUGGGAUCAGAAAUAGCAUGUUCUAAACUGCUGCCAGUUGUUGUAAAUGCAUCAAAAGACAGAGUCGCCAAUAUUAAGUUUAAUGUGGCAAAAGUUUUGCAGUCUCUCGUUCCUAUCGUGGAUAAGUCUGUGGCGGAGAAGACAAUCUAUCCAUGCUUGGUUGAGCUGAGCGAGGACUCAGAUGUGGAUGUUCGUUAUUUUGCUAACCAAGGACUUCAGUCGAUCAAUCAUGCUACGAUGUCCUGUUAGGCCUAAGCCAGUAUGCCAUAAAAAUCCCUGUACUUUUCAUAAAUUUGAAAUUUAAUCCUUGGUACUUUUAUUUCUAACAAUUUAGUCUCUCUACUUUUUAGAUUUCAAAAUUCAAGUCCAACUGUUAACACUUAAACACUGUCAAAAUUAUAUUUUUAGUGACAUGGUUAUCAAGUAAAUAUAUUUUUUUAAUUUCAAAACAUCACACCAGCAAAUUUAACUAUAUUAAUAAUUGGACUUGAAUUUUAAAUCUAAAAAGUAGAAGAAUUAAAUUUUUGAAAAUAAAAGUAGAGUCUAAAUUUCAAGUUUAUAAAAAUUAUGACGAAUUUUAAUCUUCCGUGUAUCUUGUGCCUGUGGCUGGCUUGUAUUUUUUUUUUUUUGGUUCAAAACCUGUGGCUGUCUUGUAGAAAGCUACUUUAGGCUACUGAAAAUUUGCGAGACUCAUAUCCCAAAUUAAUCUUUCUAAUUUGUGAUUUUUGGUUGAGCUCAUGAUUGAUGAAUGUAAAUAGAAAUAUGACUAUAUGUUGGUAGUUCAA